CGAAGAAGCCCUGCUUGAGCCGAGUACGGAGGGUGCCAAGAAGGACGUGAUGCUGCCCGUGACCCAUGUGCUAGCCUUUGGUACUUGGCUGGUGGCACAGAGCAAGGCUACACCAAGUGCCCUCACGGUCUCCAUCUUCCUGAAGCCACCUGGGGUGAUCGCACCGGGAGGCUCCACCACCAUCUGCUGCAGUUGCCAGUGUGACAAUGGGAACUUUGUGCUGUACAAGAAGGGCCACUUGUUCCGUACCCUGAAGCUUCGUGGCAGCAGGGCCGAGUUCUCCAUCUCUAAUGCCACCAAAGAGGACACAGGUCCCUACAGCUGCCAUUACACGGAUGGAGACACUGUGCUGGCUCGCAGUGAAACCCUGGAGGUCACGGUGCACGAGUUCCGUCUCCCCACACCUGAAUUCUCUGUCCUGCCUGGGCCUGAGGUGGCUGCAGGAGCUCACGUGACUUUCCGUUGCACCAUCGAACACUCCAGUGCUGGCUGUUUCCUGUACCUGGAGGGCCAGGUCAAAGCCAACUUACUCUCAAACAAAGAAGACUUCAACAUCUCCCAUGUGCAUAAAGGCAAUGGGGGCCGCUACAGCUGCCAGUGUUUCUCCAAGGUUGUUUCGUUGGAAUGGUCUGCUGUCAGCAAGACCCUGGAUUUGGUGGUGAGAGAUUACACCUGGAGCAAUGUGGUGCGCCUG